CUCGCCCAUCCAUGCUCGCGCUCCUCGCGCUCCCCGCCGCCGAGGACGUGCCGCCGCCUUCGCUCACUGUCGCCGACCGCCUCCUCGCGGGCGGCACCGCUCGGGCUGCGGCUCAGUGCGUCAUGUACCCUGCUGACGCGCUGCGGACGCUCGCCCAGACGCGCGGCGGCGCUGGCUCGCUCCGCUCGAGCUCGCUCCUCUCCGGCGCCGGCACGACAUCGGCAUUUGCGUACGGCAUCGGCGCGCUCCAGUUCGCCGUCUUUGGCACCGUCGCACCGCUCGCCGGCCCGCUCGCCGCGUCGGUGUGCGGCGCGGCGGCGUCGUGCCUCUGCUCCGUGCCGCAAGAGGUGCUCAAGCAGCGCCUCGUCACCGGCAUUUACCCGUCCUUUGGCGAGGCUGUCCGCCGCAUCUGGACAGCGCAGGGCCCGUCCGGCUUCUAUGCGGGCUGGCUUCCGACGGUCAGCCGCAACGUGCCCUUCGUCGCCGCCACCUUCACCGCCUUUGCGGCGCUGGAGGCCCGCGCGCUGCGAGCGAGCGGCGAGGAGAGGCUGAGGCCGAGCGAGAGCGUCGCCAUCGGCAUGUCCAGCGCGGUGCUCGCCGCCACCCUCACCCAGCCGAUCGACGUCGUCAAGACUCGGCUGAUGACUCAGGCGGCGAGCGCUCUGCCGCCGUACGCGGGGGUUCGCGACUGCGCGCUGACGAUGCUGCGCACCGAAGGCGGCCCCGCCGCAUUCUACGCCGGGCUGCAUCAGCGAAUUCUGUACGCGGGCCCUCUCUGGGCGCUGCAGUUUGGGCUCAACGUGCGGCUCUCGCAGGCGCUACUCGAGCGACGCAGAGCCGCGGCAGAGAGAGCCGCAGCGGCAGAGAGAGCCGCAGUGGAGAGG